AAUGUCAAAGUCAGUUGCCAGUUGCCACUUGCCACUUGGAUUGGAUUUUAUUGAAUUUUCCAGUAAAAUUGAUAUUUGUAGCGUGGCAUACAAUUAUGAGUAGGAACAGAAAUAUAUUGAAUUGAUGUUCUCUGUAAGAUAUUGAUUAAAUAAACUCGAAAUGUACCAUAUGAAAAAUAUUUUAUCUUUUGAAAAAGAACUAAUUCUGCCAAAGUGCAUGUAUCCUUUGAAAAAUCCGAUCGAAGCUACCGAAAAAGUCACCGAUAUAAAUAUAAGCGAGCAGGUUACAAAGUUUCUUAAGAAAAUGCCGAAUACUCAUCUACUUGAUUUGGAAGAGAGACAAGAUAAACUACUGCACAAGUUAGAUAUUCUUUAUGAAAGAAUAAAAACAAUAAGUUCAUUCUGUAAAUUGGAAAAUCAUCAAGAGCCAAUAUAUAAAUCUGUUGCCAAUAAUAAACCAGAUGAUAUUGUGAUAAUUUUGAAUGUUGAGACAUUGCCAUGGUUUUUAAAUAUAUUUUUAAAAAGUGUUGGCACUAUCAAUGUCUCUUGGCACAUUCUAUCUACAGUACCCCAGGCAAAAGUUAUAAAAAUCCAAGAUUUCUUUAAGAAGUUUCAACAUUUGUAUAGAUUACAAAAAGAUGCCAAAAUUAACUUCAGGCUGAUAUUUAAACAUAUGGCUAAAACACAAAUUAAAGUGUCAUCCUUGAGUUUACCAAUUCGUGGUACAGUAAGCAUUAUAAGAUACUUAUGCCUUAUUUAUAAAGACAUUGUUCCCUAUGACUAUAACAAUCACGAAGUUGAUGGUUUAUUAGAUAUUUUCUUCCAAAUUGAAUCUACCUCUGACAAAAGUAGGCAAACUAUAAUUUCUAAAAUCUUUAUGUAUUCUGACACUUGGAUUUUCAACAAUAACUUCUCAAUCGUCGAUUUAGCAGCAUUCAAUAUAAUCAAACAGAUGCCACAUGGUUAUAGACUUGUACCAAAAAAAUGGUUUUCUGAUUGUGAGAAUAUCAUUUUAUAAAUUUAAUAAAAAAUUUAAUCUUUUUGCUAAAUUUCUGUAAA